CUGGUACGACAAAAUUCUGGUUCUGUGUGAGACGGGCUUUUAAGCCCAUUGUCUCACCUAAUACCUUCUCCUCUGGUACACCCAACUUUUACAUCCCACUAAAAAAAAAAAAAAAAAACUAGUCUCUAGACUAGACUAGAGGAGACUCUCUCACUGCGCCGCUUUCUCCACGCUCCAAAAUUGUGUUUUUACUUUCUAUCACUGAAAAACAAAACACCUCUACUUCCCAUUUUCAACUCACAUUGGGGCCAAAACAGGAGCAAAUUACUGACCACAUUCCGUUCUCCCCACAAUAGAUACGGUGUUUUAGCAGGCUUUUGUGACUUUUAAAGAAGUUGAUGCAAGGCAUGGGCUCAGAAGGUGAAAAUGGAACUCCUGGAAGCUCAGUCCAACCACCAUUUGAUAACCAGCAUUUUUUGCUCAAUUUCAUCAUGAGCACUUACUUUGGUCCUGAUGUCAAGUCUGAUAACCCAAGGUGCUCAGCACUUCAAAAAUUAAAUGAAGGUUUAGCAACAUAUACGUUGAGCGAUCUCGGCCCUUCAUAUGUCAGCAUUUCUCUAUUGGAGAGCUUAUAUUACUAUGUACUGAGGAAAGCUAGUCCUAGCCUCGUCUUAAAACCAAAUAUGUUGCAUAUGUACCUAAAGGGAACCCUUCCUUCCCCAAGCUCAGGGUUGAUAGAAGAAAGUAAGCAGUUCACUAGUCUUUUCCCUUUGAAUCUUCAUAAACAGAUAUGGUUCCCUGCAAGCUUCAGGAUUGUGAAGGGAAUUGUUCUUAUUUGUGAUCCUAUUACAUCAUAUAUGAAAGAGGAGGAUCUGGAAAGGUUCAGAUCUUUAGCUGGUAUUGAUAAUUUGCAAAUAGACAUAAAUGAAGCCCUAUGUUACAAGCACGAGUACCAAGCUGGCAACGAUGGUGAGCAGAAUUGCAUGAAUGGUAGUGUGGAGAAAGCUGCAAAAUACACUGCCAAUGGAAAUGGUAAUUCAUCAACAAGAUUUCGACAAAAAUACAUGAGAAGGCACCGCAAUGAUCCUCUGUCAAUGCCAGCAUUUCCCCAUGUAGUUCCUGUGUCAAAACAUCAAAGUAAAAGAGGAACUUACGAGAGGACUUGUAAAUUAGAUGGACCUGUCAUGAUGCCUCUUCUCUCUAUUCCAAAUGUAGAAGAUUGUAACUUGCAUGCUUCUAUUGUUUUGGGUGGGACUGCUAGAAAGGGGAAAAUUGGACCACCUAUUGGUGCUGUGGACAUUGGUAUCAGCAAAGCUGCAUAUUUAUUUCGAGUUGCUCUACCGGGAGUUAAGAAGGAUUUUUGCCCAUUCAGCUGUGAGAUUGAAUCUAACGGCAAGGUUCAUCUCCGAGGGUCAACAUCUGGUGGAAGAACUAUAAAGAAACGGUCCCGUGUUUUUGAGAUGGAAUUCCAGCAAUUAUGCCCACCUGGACCAUUCACGCUCUCUUUCAGUCUUCCAGGACCUGUUGAUCCGAGGCUGUUUGCUCCUAACUUCAGAUCUGAUGGCAUUUUCGAAGCUGUUGUUCUAAAACAUGAGUGAUGCCUUGGCUUUCAGUAGAUGGUCAGUUCUGGAACCAUAAACAAUGGAGUACAGCCCUUCUUGUAGCAUGUUCUGGAGUAGAAUUGGCUCGUGUUUCAUAUGCCAUUUAACUGUCCAUAGCGCAAUAAAGCGUAAUGGAGGAAGGACUAACCCUGGUGCUCGGAUUUUGAACGUCGUGUCUGAUUACUGAUGGUCUGCUAAUAGCUGGCAAAGAUGCAGAGAAACAUUUGCAUGUAAUUAAAGCAAAAUAUGGAGAUUUAACUGCAGAAAAUGUGUGCAAUGCCUACUGUAGCUAAUUUGCAAUAUAUGUGCUGCAACUUUGCAUACUA